CCCUACAGCUCAUGCUCAAGAAUCCCAACUUCUCAUAUAUAUUCUUCCCAAUCCUACCUCCUUCCGCCCAGCAGCCACCAUAAUUUUCUUCAUCAAGAAUAAAACUUCACAAAAACAAACGGCUUGAUUCUCAAGAAAACCGUGUUGCUGAACGUUUUGAACCUCAUGGCAAACUUGGUUCAGAAAUCCGGCAAGGCAGCAUCACCGGAGAAAUCAAACUUUGCUCAGACAUGCAACCGUUUUAGCCAAUAUUUGAAAGAAAGAGGAAGUUUUGGAGAUCUUAGCCUGGGAAUAAAUGGAAAUCUUGAAGCUAAAGCUCCUGAAGCAUCUAGACCACCUGCAACAACACUGAAUCUACUGUCAAACAUUGAAAAUUCAGCUGAAGUUUCAUCACAAAAAGCUAUGCCAUUUCCAAACAUAAAACCCACGGAUUACUUCUCUCAAUCUGUGGGUUUUGCUUCUACAAAUCCCAUCCAAGACUCCAUUGCUAAAUCUGCAGGUUUGAGGAAAUCCUCCAGAGCAGCAGAUCCUGGGACUGCCCAACUGACCAUAUUUUACGCAGGCCAGGUGAUAGCUUACGAUGAUUUUCCUGCUGAUAAGGCUAAGGAGAUCAUGGCCUUAGCAAGCAAAGCAAGCGCCAAUACUCAAAAUGGCUUCAGUACUGCUGCUUCUACUUCUGCCAUUGAUAACAUUAAGUCCACACUUCAAUUGCAACCUCAAGCUAUCGGUUCAGGUUUGCCAAUUGUUACAAGAGUAUCACUUCAUCGGUUCUUUGAGAAGAGGAAAGAAAGGGUGGCAUCAAAAGCACCGUAUCAACUAAACAACCCAUCAUCAUCACCGCCUGCUCGGCCUAGACGUGAUGAACAGAUUGAUCUAGAAGAUCAAUCAUGGCAACAGCUUGAGCUUAAGUUAUAGUUUGAUCAUUUGUUCAUGAUGAUCACCAUAGUCCCAAACAACUUAGGAUAAUGUAGUGAAUUUUUAACAUCCUAACUAUAUAUUUUCUCUCUCUUUUUUUAAUUUUUAUUUUAUUUUUUCUCGUAUAGAAUUUUGUAAAGUAGACAAGUACUUCUUGCACUUAAUUGAUUCCAUAUGCUGAUUAUUUUUAAUUAUUA